AACUAGCAGGAUCUAUGAGUACUGUACAGUAUCGCCUUCAAAGCCGCAAGAUCUCCCAGCAGCUGGACAACAUGAAGCAAGAAAUUGCUUGUCUCGCCAGAGUAGUAUGCGACUGCCAGCGGGGUAGUCUGGUGGUCCCUGACGCGCACCUUGAUGAACCGCGUCCUUCCUCUCGUCCAUCCACGGCCAUACUGCGGCUCACCAUGGUAACCACACCCAGCCCUCCAUCUCAAGGGAGGUCCAUCACACCUCGUCGUCUCUCCCAUCCCAAUCUAGGCGUGGCUUUGGGCGUGGCAUCCAACCCGCUGCAAACUACAAUGUUUAUUAAUGACAAGGUUUUUGAACUGUCUUCUAGUCAGAAUGACCCAUUACCCAAGGCAAUUAAUUAUAUCAGUGACUCUGUUGGGCAGUUGGUGACACUGAAUGAUUCAGCAGAUCUCUCGGGUGUAGCUCGACCAGGAAGAUUAGGCUUCUCUCAGAGCAGGACUAGACCCAAUGUUAACAGGCAAAGGAGAGAGAACCUGGCCUUUAUGAAGGCUAAUGGAGAGCUACGAUCUCCAGGACCAAUGCCAACUGUCCUUACAAAUGCUAGGAGGUAGCCGAUCGUUAGCUUUUUCUUAAAGCUUCCUACUUUCAUAAACAUUCCUGAAAUAUCUAUCAGAAACAAAGCAAUGUUCUCUUUAAAAGACAGUAUAAGUUCAAAAGAAAUGCUUCCAAAUUGAAAUAGGUGUCUUGGGAAUAGUGAUUUUUAUGUUAUUUAAAUAUGCAAUCAAAGUGGAUAUUGAAGAAUAACGAUAGGAUCAUGUGGGAAUCAUGUUAUGAUAUCUGUAUGAUUACUUCUGCCACAGUUCCGAUUGAAUCUGUUAAAGUGAUUGCACAAUGGGUUGAUACGAGUGAAAGAAAGAUCAGUGCUAGAGUUUAAAGGAAAUAUUAAAGUUGUUCUGAAAUUAUAAUUGUGAAUAAGUACAUAUGUUUAGAAUUAAUUAUCUGGAAGUUAAAAUUUGUAGAGACCUGCAGUGUAUCUUGUAACAGUUAGAGCACAUUCUGGGUAAUCCUAGGAAGGGAAAAGAAGAGGGUGAAACUUAGAGUAGAGAAAGGGGUGGGGUGGGAUAGAAGAAUCAGGAUGUGUCAGAUUGGAUCAAAGCUUCAAUCUUUGAGUGUUACAUGUACAGUGUUUAAGUUAACUGCAAGUCUGGCCUCUAGAAAUAAUAAACUUCUUUCUUCUGUUCUAUGAAAGCAAUUUAAAUUAGUCUGAAUUAUGAAGACUACUCCCUUUUCCUUUGGUAGUGAAAGGAACUGUCUACAUGGUCGUCAUACAGAAUUUAUGACACAUACAUGUAUUUGUAUUUAUAAGUGGGAAUUAUACUGCUAGGAAAACGGAGGUUACCAUUGUAUAGUAAAACAAACUAUUGUUUAUGUAAACUUGUGCUUUUUUUCCUGGGAAAUAUUAUAUAGCAAGCUGUUGAUCAGCUUCUGUCAUAUUCUAGAUUUGUAGGAAAUGCAGUGAGUUUGCUGAUCAAGUCUUUCAUUGAUAUAUCAAAUGUAUUGAUUUUCAUUCUGUGUAUGAAAUAUAUCAUG